AGGAUUUUGUACUCAAGACACAGAAGUUUGCUACCCAAGAUGAUGAAUGCUGACAUGGAUGCAGUUGAUGCUGAAAAUCAGGUGGAACUGGAGGAGAAAACACAUUUUAUUAAUCAAGUGUUAGAAUUACAACAUACACUUGAAUAUCUUUCUGCAAGAGUAGAUGCCAUGAAGGAAGAAAAUCUGAAGCUAAAGUCAGAAAAUCAAGUUCUUGGACAGUACAUUGAGAACCUUAUGCCAGUUUCUAGCGUUUUUCAAACCACAGAUACAAAAUGCAAAAUAAAAUAG